AUGCAGACAAUCGACAGGAUGACAGCCAACUCAAAAGCAAAUUCUUCUCCUCUCUUGGACAUCAUCGGUGCGCUGCAAACCAUGGUACUCGCGUCUUCAUACAAUAAUAUUCAUUUGUUUCAGCUCGCAAGCUCUGAAGCGACCAUUCCAGACCUUGAAACUCCAUGUUCCAGAUUCCCGAACACCGAUCAGUAUGCCACGCACAAAGACCAGAGUGUCCGCGCCAUAAUCACUGAACGCCAACAGCAGCUGGAUAUAGUUUUGCGGGAGAUCUCAGGCCUGGAAACCGUGAUAGAUAGUAUCAAAAAUCUUCAGCAGCAACUCGUCGUCAAGAAGGACAGGAUUACGGAGUCGCUGAAUCUGCACAAGGGACUCGUAUCGUGUCUCUGGCGCUUGCCAACUGAAAUCCUGUCGCAGAUUUUCCACCACUGUCUCCCAGAAUCUAGCCAUUCAUCAGAGCCAGACGCCCCCCUGUUGUUGACUGGAGUAUGUCGACGAUGGAGGGAGGUUGUUGUCUGCAUACCUAGCUUAUGGUGCAGGUUGGAUAUGGAAGUCUCCCUGCGAAACCAGUGGGAGCGGCAGGGCCCCAUCUAUGACUUAUGGCUCAAGCGGUCACAAGGACGUCCGCUCUCAUUAGCUUUCUUCUGCAAAAAAGAUGAUGCCGCCAAAAUACAAAGCCUUAUCCAUCCCUACAUCAGUCAAAUCACAUCUCUCUCUAUCACAUUUUACGGUGCCGCAGACCUACUUUUAUUGGACGACCUCCCGGUACUUCAGGAGUUGGCUAUACAAGUAGUCGUGGACGAGGAUGAGUCGGAUGGUUACAUUCCAUCCAUUGAACAAUCUUUCUGGCAACUACCGUCCACUUUGCGCAGUCUCAAGGUCGUUGAUGAGGAUUUCCACCAAGCGCCCUUAUCUUCUCUCGGUCCCGUGGGGCCACACCUGACAAAUCUCGAUAUCAGCACACUACAGCGCUCGAGUGCAGUCCUUGACUUGCUCCAGCUGUGUCCCAACCUCUCAUCGUUAAAGAUCUACAUACUUACCCAAAACGGGGAAACCUUGAAGCCAUUCACGCACACCAAAAUCCAAACCUUUUACAUCGCGCACAACUGUAACUUGAAUGACAGACAACCUAUUUCUGCCCUGUUCAAUGCCUUGUCGCUCCCCAGUUUGCGGGUACUUGGAGUUUACCGUUAUUUAGGUCCACCAUGCUCUCAUGCAGUGUUAAAGGCAUUUUUGAUGUGGAGCGAGCGGAAUACAGUACCCUUAUACCUUCCCUCAACAUACUACGAGGAUGGUAUGUCCCCAGUGAUGGUUCCUGGCAUUGAUACUUGA